UUACCUCUACUUCAGAAGGUAAACAAAAGCUUUCCCGAGGAAGUGAGUCAGAGAAGACAACUGAUACAACAUUAUUACCACCCAGAUAACCUUAUUACCACCCAGAUAACUUUAUUACCACCCAGAUAACCUUAUUACCACCCAGAUAAGGUUGUUAGAGGCGAGAUAUCCUGGUAAUGAUGCCUCAGUGUUGUGUAACAAUCACAGAGAACAUGCCAGCUAUAUGUGAGAACUGGGACGCUGGUGAGAGAAGGAACUUUAUGGCGGCUGUUACUUCUGGUGCUAUGUUUGCCCUGGGCUGGUGGUUUGUCAUCGACGCAGCUGCCAGAUACCCCAGCACCACAGACUUCAAUCAUGCGUACCAUGUGUGUGGAGUCAUUGCCACUCUCGCCUUGCUUAUGGUGAAUACGGUUAGCAAUGGGCAGGUGCGGGGCGACAUGUACACCGAUGGCUGCAUUGGACCCUAUGGGGCACGCAUAUGGCUCUUCCUCGGACUCAUGCUCAGCUUUGGCUCUCUUAUUGCUGCUUGUUGGAUCCUCUUUGGAGGUUAUGUCAUUCCAAAGUCGCAGAUCCAGUGGCCAGGAGUUGCCAUCUUCCUCCAGAACAUGUUCAUCUUCUUCAGCUCCAUCAUCUACAAGAUUGGUCGCUCUGAGGAGAACUGGGGCUGAGCUGAGGAGAACUGGACCUGAGCCAAGUAGAAGUGGAAUUGAACUGAGAAGAAUUGAACCGAAGGGAACUGGGGAUGAAUUGAGGGGGAACUGGGGAUGAACUGAAGGGAACUGGGGAUGAACUAAGGAGAACGUGGACUGAACAACCAUUUUUUAUGAAUAAAAAAUGCAUCUUA